CAUUCUACACGCCUGAGCCCAGACCGAGACCCAGAGAAAUGUAAACAGGCACGAGUCAGACUUGAUAUAACGCUGAAUUUGUUGCUUUUUAGAGGGGCAGUCGGUCUGUACAUGCGUGAGGUGGCGAGGGGCGUGGCCAGGGGGCGGCUAGUAGCGUGUGCCACCAUGGAAAUAUGUACAGACAUAAAGAAGACGCCCUCAAGAAAGACUACCCCAUCCCCUGCCUCCCGCUGUGCCCCACCCAGACACCACGGCCCAGCAGUGACGCCAUUCCACCUGCUACACGACGCUGGCUGACGCACUCCAGACGUGGCAGCAACAGGAGGUGGAGGGCAGGAGCAAGAGUCAGAUGGAUGGCGAAGGAAGGCAUGAUGGCGGAGCUGGUGGCUUUGGAGGGUGUUCGUGCAGGGUACCUCGGCAGGGUCUAGAUUAGAGCAAAUGGAUGAUGAGAGACUAGUAAGGUGUUUGUGUGGAAUAUUAGGAGUAGCAGUUGGGGGAACAAGUGUGUUAGGAUGGUAAUAAAGAAUGGCUUGGAAACUAGUUGUUGGGCUUUUGAGGGGUUGAGUGAAGCCUUGUUGAGAGUGAUGGAAGUAGGAUUGUCAGAAAUGGAGAGGGCUUACAAUGUUAUGUAACUAAGUGGACAAGUGAGAUAGACAGAGUGAUCAAGCACAUGGGACUGAGCGAGCCAAGUGUGGAAAUUCUGGGAUGGAGUGAGCCAGGUGUGGAAAAGUGUGGAAAUUGUGGGAUUGAGUGAGCCAUGUGUGGAAAUUGUGUAGAAAAGUGUGGAAAUAGUGUGGAGAAGGUGUGGAAAAAAUGUGGAAAUUGUGGGGUUGAGUGAGCCAGGUGUGGACAAGUGAGAUAGACAGAGCGAUGAAGCAUGUGGGGUUGAGUGAGCCAGGUGUGUGCGUCACUUGGGGAUGACUGUGAGCUAACCUGGGACCAAUGGUUGAUGACGCUCACUGAUGGAAUUAGAAGCUGCAUGAAUUGUUUAUGUAGAUUUUAGAAGCUGUCUCAAUUGUUUGUGUAGAUCUGAAGCACUUACUUUGAAUUGAAGGCUUGGACCAUGUAAUAUCUUUGUAAUUCUUCUGUAUCUCUGUCAUAAGUUCCUUAGAUAACUCACUACUGUUUUUGUCUCUAUAUAAUAAUAUGUACAUUUACUCAAACUGCAUUUCCUUUCAGUGUGCAGGUUGGCAGUAAACCUCCCUGAAGGUUCCAGAACUGCUCACCAAGUGUCCAGCCCAGCCUGUCACAAGACUAUGUGACAGUGGACCUUCCACUCAUACUGAAAACAGCUGUGCACUGCCACUCACAGGAAGUGGUGACCACUCUAGAUUGAGUUGUCUUGAAGCUGAGAUGAGUUGGUCGGGUAAUGAGUGACUUGCAUCAAGUGACCGUGAGGUGUUGGACGUGAUAUUGUGUUAUUGCAAGUGUAACCAGUAAUAAUUCACACAGCAAGAAGCCAAGGACCCACCGAGGCUGUCACUUGGAAGAGGUCAUUGUUGUUGCAUCCAGCAUCCCAGCCUGACUGCCUAGACAGGUCCCGCAGGUUGCUGAAUGGCAGAGAUGCAGGCUGCUCCACAGCAAGAUCAGCGUUCGACCGUUUCUCUAGGGGCAAGCGACACCUCCUGGUGGGGGACUUCAAAUCUGCUGUCGCUGCCUUCGAGGUGUGUCUGUUGCUUAGGUGUGGAGGCAACAGAGUCCCUGGUGGAGCUGUGUGGGGAGCAGGCGCCCGAGUGUGGUGACGCGUACUGCCGCUGUGGCCGUGCAUUGCUGGAGCUGGCACGCAAGGAGGCAGGGGUGCUGGGGCCAGAUCUGGAUGGUGCCAGUAGUCAGGAGGGAAGCACAGGGGAAGAGGAGGACGAGGAGGAAGAGAGUUAAGAGUCACAAGAGGAGGAGGAAGGUGGAAAGAAAGAGGAAGGAGAGGAGGGAGGAGGAGGAGGAGGAAGAUGGAGAAGGAAAGGAGAAAGAUAAGAAGGAAGGAAAUGCCGCAGAAGGAGAAGAGCAAUAAGAAAUUAGAAUUGACAGAGAAACCAGACAAGGGACUGCAUUUGAAGAAGCACAAGAACCAAGAAAUUUACAUAGCUUUCAUUUUGGUUUACAUUCUGAAAGAUAGAAAUCAAAAACGUCACAAGACAGAAUAGUGAGCUGCAUGCACUUAUCACAGAGUAUAAAGUCACUCCCUCAGAGGAAAAAGACAAGGAUGGCAUGUCUUCAUGUGAGAACUCAGAAGCUAAAUGUACAGAUACCAAGGGGAAAUUGCUGGGUCAAGUGGCUACACUGACAUCUGAGGUUAGCAGGUUGGAGAGUGAGUGCAGCAGUCUUCAGGUUCAGCUAGACUGUGAGAGGGAUAAGUAUAACAAACUGCUGGGAGAAUCUCUUGCUCAUGAAAAGUUGUCUGAAGAUGUCAUAACUGAACCAAAAGGAGAAACAACAGGAUUGGGAGGAACUGAGCUUUAACAGAAGCUGCAACAACUGCAGGAGGCUCACAGGGUCCUGGAGAGCAGGUUAACUUGCAGCAUGAAGGAGGUGGCUGAGCUAAGUGACAGGAAGUAGCAGCUUGAGCAUGCUGUAGUGCAUGAGAAGACAGAGUCCAUCGGUGACUACAUCACCAUCUACCAGUUGCAGUGAGGAGUGAUGAAGUAACAAGCUCGAGAACGCGAGUUAGACCUUGCCAGCCUCCAUCAUGAAUGAGAGGAAAUGAAGCAAAACCACUCUGCAGGAUUUGAUAUCAAAGCUGGUGCAGGAAAAGGAAGCAGAUCAUGACCUUCAGCAGCUCGAGAAGAUAAGCAGCGUCCUUAAGAGUCCAGUUGCUAUCUUUAGCAGUGUUGGAACCAGUGAGUCUGAGACACCCACCACCAGUGGAAAGGUGGCUGACGAGCGCCUCAAGCACUCUGAAAAGGUGGAGCAACAACAAGAAACAGAAAAUUGCAUCCAUCAUUCUUUGCCUGAGGAGGGAAUUGAUGCUCCGUUGACCCUUCACACUGAUGUCCCUCAUGAGGAGGGAGAAUAUGAAUCCUACAGAACUUGCCCAUAGGAAGACCAAAACUGUUACUGCUGCCACACUGCCACCACUUCCACUGACACCAAAAGCCCAACUGUGCAGAGAAUCCUGGACCUCCGCAAUGAAAUGGAGUCCACCAGUCACCUGGAGCACUUUAGCCUCCAAAAGUUCCAUCCGUGGUCCAUUGUGUUUGGGUAAA